CCUUCGUUCGGGUCCCGGCUCGGUUCGGAAGUCGUGCGCGCCCGCGGACACCGCGCGCAGGGCUAGCCAGCGCCACACCUGUGGAGCCGGCGGCCGUCGCGGGUGCCGGCCGGGGUCCCGCCGCGUGCGUGCUCGGGGCUGCGGGCCGCCGGGGCCCCCGGGGAGGCGCGCCCCCCGGCUGGGUGCCGCAGACACCAUGGGUCUGCCCGCGCUCGAAUUCAGCGACUGCUGCCUCGACAGCCCGCACUUCCGAGAGACGCUCAAGUCACACGAAGCGGAGCUGGAUAAGACCAACAAAUUCAUCAAGGAGCUCAUCAAGGACGGGAAGUCACUCGUCAGCGCGCUCAAGAAUUUGUCUUCAGCGAAGCGGAAAUUUGCAGAUUCCUUAAAUGAAUUUAAGUUUCAGUGCAUAGGAGAUGCAGAAACAGAUGAUGAAAUGUGCAUAGCAAGGUCUUUGCAGGAAUUUGCCACUGUCCUCAGGAAUCUUGAAGAUGAACGGAUACGGAUGAUUGAGAAUGCCAGCGAAGUGCUCAUCACUCCCUUGGAGAAAUUUCGAAAGGAGCAGAUUGGCGCUGCCAAGGAAGCCAAAAAGAAGUAUGACAAGGAGACAGAGAAGUAUUGUGGCAUCUUAGAAAAACACUUGAAUUUGUCUUCCAAAAAGAAAGAAUCUCAGCUUCAGGAGGCAGACAGCCAAGUGGACCUGGUCCGGCAGCAUUUCUAUGAAGUAUCCCUGGAGUAUGUCUUCAAGGUGCAAGAAGUCCAAGAGAGAAAGAUGUUUGAGUUCGUGGAGCCUCUACUGGCAUUCCUACAAGGACUCUUCACUUUCUAUCACCAUGGUUAUGAACUGGCCAAGGACUUCAACGACUUCAAGACGCAGUUGACUAUCAGCAUACAGAACACAAGAAAUCGCUUUGAAGGCACCAGGUCAGAAGUGGAAUCCCUGAUGAAGAAGAUGAAAGAGAAUCCCCUCGAGCACAAGACCAUCAGUCCCUACACCAUGGAAGGGUACCUCUACGUCCAGGAGAAACGUCAUUUUGGAACUUCCUGGGUGAAGCACUACUGUACAUAUCAACGGGAUUCCAAACAAAUCACCAUGGUACCAUUUGACCAAAAGUCAGGAGGAAAGGGGGGAGAAGAUGAAUCAGUCACCCUCAAAUCCUGCACACGGCGGAAAACAGACUCUAUUGAGAAGCGGUUUUGCUUUGAUGUGGAAGCAGUAGACAGGCCCGGAGUUAUCACCAUGCAGGCAUUGUCUGAAGAGGACCGGAGGCUCUGGAUGGAAGCCAUGGAUGGAAGGGAACCUGUCUACAACUCGAACAAAGACAGCCAGAGCGAAGGGACUGCACAGUUGGACAGCAUUGGCUUCAGCAUCAUCAGGAAAUGCAUCCACGCUGUGGAAACCAGAGGGAUCAAUGAGCAAGGGCUCUACCGAAUCGUGGGGGUCAAUUCCAGAGUGCAGAAGCUGCUGAGUAUCCUGAUGGACCCCAAAACAGCUUCUGAAACAGAAACGGAUAUCUGUGCCGAGUGGGAGAUAAAGACCAUCACGAGUGCUUUGAAAACCUACCUAAGAAUGCUUCCAGGACCACUCAUGAUGUACCAGUUUCAAAGAAGUUUCAUCAAAGCAGCAAAGCUGGAGAACCAGGAGUCGCGGGUCUCUGAAAUCCACAGCCUUGUUCAUCGGCUCCCAGAGAAAAAUAGGCAGAUGUUACAGCUGCUCAUGAACCACUUGGCAAACGUUGCUAACAACCACAAGCAGAAUUUGAUGACGGUGGCAAACCUUGGCGUGGUGUUCGGACCCACCCUGCUGCGUCCUCAGGAAGAAACGGUAGCAGCCAUCAUGGAUAUCAAGUUUCAGAACAUUGUCAUUGAGAUCCUAAUAGAAAAUCAUGAAAAGAUAUUUAACACCGUGCCUGACGCGCCCCUCACCAAUGCCCAGCUGCACCUGUCUCGGAAGAAGAGCAGUGACUCCAAGCCCCCAUCCUGCAGCGAGAGGCCCCUGACGCUCUUCCACACCAUGCAGUCACCAGAGAAACAGGAACAGAGAAACAGCCUCAUCGACUCCAGUUUGGAAUCUGUCAUCUCAUCAAAUGCAAACAGCAUCCUUAAUUCUAGCAGCAGCUUACAGCCCAACAUGAACUCCAGUGACCCAGACCUGGAUGUGCUCAAACCCACCCGGCCCAACUCACUCCCCCCGAAUCCAAGCCCAACUUCACCCCUCUCGCCAUCUUGGCCCAUGUUUUCGGCGCCAUCCAGCCCUAUGCCCACCUCAUCCACGUCCAGCGACUCAUCCCCCAUCAGGUCUGUUGCAGGGUUUGUUUGCUUUUCUGUUGCUGCUGUUGUUCUCUCAUUGGCUUGGUCCUCUCUUCAUGCAGUGUUCAGCCUUCUCGUCAACUUUGUUCCCUGCCAUCCAAACCUGCACUUGCUUUUUGACAGGCCAGAAGAAGCAGUUCAUGAAGACUCCAGCACACCGUUCCGGAAGGCAAAAGCCUUAUAUGCCUGCAAAGCGGAACACGACUCAGAGCUGUCAUUCACGGCAGGGACGGUCUUCGAUAAUGUGCAUCCAUCUCAGGAGCCUGGCUGGUUGGAGGGGACUCUGAAUGGAAAGACGGGCCUCAUCCCCGAGAACUACGUGGAGUUCCUCUAACCGUGGGCCCUGGCAGAACUGCUGAGCUUUUCAUGGUGUCCAUGACAACUGCUGAUUCCAGUGUUGUGGGCCAUUGCUCUCCGCCGCUGAGAAGUGCAGGGUGACUGUCUCUGCUGCUACCUGUCAACACGAAUGUUUCUGUGAACUCUGGUGUCACCCAUCCCCAUGAUCAUCUCAGCUGACGUGCGGUGAUACUGCAAGAAACAGAAGUAAAUCAGCGGAGGAGGCCAUUUGAUUUUGAUAACAAGAAAGGCUUACAAAGCCAUUUCUCUAAUUUAGCACCCUACGUGGGGCGUGCUCAUUUUGUUUCAGUAGUCAUCCAAACCCCAACCUUCUGAAAAAGGAAGUAAGUGAGAUAUAAGCAGUCCCCAGGAGCUUGCAGGAUAGCUGGCUCUGAUAGGGCUGGGCAGUGGCCUGAGAUCCAGUCUGGAUCUACAGCUAUUGUUUACAGUAGACACUCUCUCUACCCCCACCUCUAAAUACUUGAGACCUGCCAGUGCUAUAGGCGGCUGGGUCUGUUUGUUUGCAUGCAGGAUGGAGAAGGGUUAUGGCGCUGUUUACAUAAGAUCCAAUCUCUCACCAUCUCUCAAGCAGCCACUGGCCCAGCACUGGCAGAAUUCUGUCCAGUCCUCUCACGCAGGGGAGCACCCCCCCCGCCACGGCCCCCCUCUCAAGCUAGGAACUUCUCUGCCACCGAGGGCCGCCAUUGCCUCGUAACCACGGCAACCCAACCUACUCUAAAACCAAACCAAAAAAUAACACACUCUUUGCAUGACGUAUGUUUUUCUCCCUGCUUUUUGGCCGUUUUUUGAAUGGUUUUCCAAGAACCUGAAGCCGAAGAUCAAGGUCUACUUGGGGGCAGAUAGAAUAGCAGCUGGGAACUGCUCCCUUUCUGAUGAAUUUCAGCAGCACCAGGAUAUAUUUGGAACAAACUCUAGUAACCUCUUGAGAUUAAAUUACAUACAGGCUUAAUAUUUCUGUUCUCCCAUGCAACUAAUGUCUGCUUUCUGGAGGGCAACAUGCUGCCUCCCAAAGGGGAAUACCCUCCCUCUGACUCAUUCCCUCCCAUUCACCUGUCCCUUUCCCUGUCCUUGCCUGCCUGUAGCCCUUCCCUGACUAGCCCCCUGGCAGUG